UCCUGCUCGAAGAAAGGCUGCUCAAGCAUUGAAGGCAGGUCAAUACGCAGAGGCAAUUAAAUAUUAUAAUGGACUUAUUGAAAACAGUCCUGAUAGUUCUAUGAGAUGUGAUCGUGGAGAAGCAUAUUUAUUUUUAAAUGAAUAUGAAAAGGCAAAAGAAGACCUUGAUAUUUAUAUUAAUAAAAAACCAGAUGAUGAACGUGGAUAUUAUCUUAGAGGAAUUGCUAAUGAUAAAUUAAACCUUCGAGGGGAUGCAUUAAGUGAUUUAAGUAAAGCACUCAGAAUUAAAGAUGAUAAUCCUUUGGCUCUUGAAGCUUUAAAAAUUUGUGCAAGGCAUAACUAUGAACUUGGAAAUCGUGAUAAAGCAUUUAAUGAACUUAAUUCAAUCUUACAGUUAUCAGCAAAUGAUACAUGGGCUUUGGAGAUUCGAGGAAAAAUGUACUAUGACAAUAAACAAUAUCAAGAAGCGUUAAAUGAUUUUAAUUCGUUUUUAGUCAUUCAACCAAAUAAUGUUAAUAUCUUAGAAUUAAGAGGAACUAUAUAUAGAAAGUCAAACAAUUCUAAAGAUGCCUUAACUGAUUAUACUCAAGCAUUAAGAUUAAACCCACAUGAUCUAAAUAUUUUAAUAAAACGUUCAAAGACUUAUCUUAUUCAAAAAAAAUACAGUAAUGCAUUAGGAGAUAUUGAAAAAUUUGUACAUUAUGGAGGAGAGCUUAAUGCAUCCGCGUUAAAAAAUCGAGGUUUGAUAUAUGCUGGUUUAUCACGUCAUAAUGAAGCUAUUGCGGAUUUUACUGCGUCAUUAGAAAAAAAAGAAAAAGGGUCAACGUAUAGACAACGUGCUCAGGUUUAUCAAAUAUUAAAAUUGUAUAAAGAAGCACUAGCAGACUUAAAUCAAGCAUUAGUACUUAAUGAUUCUGACAAAGAAUCCAUAAUUAUGCGCAAUCAAGUUUAUACACAACUAAAUAGAUAUGAUGAUGCUAUAAAAGGUUUGACAAAGACAUUGAAUAUCAAUCCAAAUGAUAUAAAUGCACUAUCCGAUCGUGGAAAAAAUUAUAUAGCUUUGAAUAAGCGAAACGAAGCAAUGUUAGAUCUAAACAGGGUCUUGUCGAUAAAUCCAAAUCAUAUCCAAGCACUCUUAAUACGCGCUAAGCUUUACCGAAUGCAGGAAAUGUACCCUGCGGCAUUAAAUGAUUUAAGUAUUGCAAUUAAUAUUGAACCAACGAAUCCAAAACUUUUAAAAAGUAGAGGAAAAAUUUAUACAUUGACAAAAGAUUAUGAAAAUGCAAUUCAAGAUUUAAGCAUAGCCAUUGAUAGAGAAAAACGAUCAUCAACAUUUGAAUAUCGAGGAAGGUCAUUUUUAAUGUUAGGAAGAUAUGGGGAAGCAAUCAGUGAUUUCACCGAAGCAUUAAACCUAAAUCCCAAAAAAUCAAGUGUUUAUGGUGAUCGUAGGGAUAUUAAUAGAUUACGAAAAGAAUAUGUAGAAUCUUUAAAAGACUUAGACGAAGCAGUAAAUUUAAAUAGUAAUUAUAUGGAAAUUGAUAAUGAUGAGUCAAUUGAUAAUAAAAAAUAUAAUGCGCUUGCAUUAUGUUUCAGAGGAUCAAUACAUAGAAAUAAUAAAGACUAUGAUAAUGCUUUGAAGGAUUUAAAUGUUUCAUUACAGGAUGAUCCUAAGAACAUUUUUGCAUUGUGUGAACGUGGUGCAGUUUAUAGAGAUAAAGGAAAUUUUAAAAAUGCUUGGGAUGAUAUCGAAAAUGCGUUGAAAUUAUCAGAGGAAAAUGAAGAUUAUUUAGAGUAA